GCGAGUGGGCGCGCGCGCGGUUUCGGUCGCUGGCGAGGCGCGCGCACGGCAGCAGGCUGGGAGGACGGCUGAGCGAGGUGGUGGGUCCCGUGGUGGAGGAGGCCGUCGAGCCCGGGGAUGCGAGCCCGCUGACGGGGCCCUCCCGGGAGGCGGCCGCCGCCGCGCCGACGGCCAGGCCGCAGCCGGCGCCGCCGAGGAUCGCCGCGAGCCACAGCCCGCCGCGGCCGCCCGCCGCCGAGCAGGACAGGCCGCGGCCUAGCCAGCCGCCGCAGCGCCGCCACUCCACCCCGCAGCAGGACAGCAGCAUGGGCACCGUGCUGUCGUUGACCCCGCGCGAGCGCAGCGCCAGCGUGCUGCCGCCCAGCCCCCCGCAGCAGCCCCAGGCCCAGCUCGGCCUCAGCAACUACAGCUACGAGCAGCUGAACAACGCCAAAAACCGCGAGAACAAGAGCGCGGCCGCGCAGCUCGGCGCCGGCCCGCAGAACCAGAACCAGCCGCCCAACGCCCAGAACAACAACCUGCUGCAGAACAACAUCAACCUGUCGCAGAACAACAAUGACAGCGCGCGCAUCAUCUCGGAGAAGAGCGCGCUGGAGAAGAACCUCAAGAAGAACUCGCUCAUAAUCGGCGCGCUCUCCUGGAAGCGCUUCAGCACCGUCAACAACAACAAGAAGAAACUCGACAACGCCAAGAACAAGAACAUCAAGUUCCGCCAGCCCCUCGACAACAUACCCGUGACCGACAAGAACAAGAACAUCCAGACGCCGCAGGUAUCGAUGAUCGGUCCGCCGAUGAACACCUCCUUUUAUUCGUACCAGCAGAGCAAGCCGCCCGUCUCCAACAACAACCACCACCACCACCACCACCACCACAACCACCAGCACAGCCAGCACAGUGCGCAGUGCGAGAAGCUCGCGCAGAAGCCGCAGCCGCCGGCCUCCAGGAAGACCGUCAUCCAAGCCUCCACCUCGGAAUUGCUCAAGUGCCUCGGCGUUUACCUGCACGCCAAGUGCGUCAAGCUCAGGGACUUCCAGGCCGGCGACGCAGUCAUGUGGCUCAGGACGGUCGACCGAAGCCUCCUCCUCCAGGGCUGGCAGGACGUAGCGUUUAUCAACCCAGCGAACGUGGUGUUUGUGUACAUGCUGGUACGCGAACUGGUGGACGGCAAGGAGGCGUCGGAGCGUGAGCUGCAAGCGACAGUGCUGACCUGCCUGUACCUGUCGUACAGCUACAUGGGCAACGAGAUCAGCUACCCGCUGAAGCCCUUCCUCGUGGAGGACAGCAAGGACAAAUUCUGGGACAGGUGCUUGCUGAUCGUCAACCGACUGAGCUCCAAGAUGCUGCGCAUCAACAGCGAGCCCGGUUACUUCACCGAGAUCUUCUCCGAACUAAAGGCCUACGGAGCAACGGAAAGGAGUAAUCUACCUGUAAACGGCCUCGAGCGUAACCUCGUUGUCUCCGGAGUCGCAGUACCAACCAAGGCAGCUUGACGGAGCUACACCCACCUGCUGGUGCGCAUCGCCAGGCAGCGCUGCGACGUCACGACCCUCUGACGAUGGCCGCCCGACACAGCAGCAGCAGCAGCAGCAGCAGCAGCAGACCCCCCCGCCGGUGGAGCAGCAGCAGC